CUCACCCAAGGCACUCGACGGGGUCCUUUGGGCACCACCAUUCCCCGCAUCAGGAGCGUUCGUGAUGGCGCAGGGAAGGGGCAGUGCUGCUGCAGGUGGCCAGGCGGCCGUGGCUCUGGGGCUGGUGGUGCUCUGCCUCCUGCUCGCUCACGUCCAGGUGGCGGAGGCGGCCACCUACACCGUCGGGGACAGCGGCGGCUGGUCCUUCAACAUGGCCAGCUGGAGUCGCGGGAAGCGGUUCCGGGCGGGCGACGUGCUCGUCUUCAAGUACAACCCGUCGGUGCACAACGUGGUGGCGGUGAACGCCGCCGGUUACAACGGCUGCUCGACUCCCCGGGGCUCCAGGGUGUUCACCUCCGGCAACGACCGCAUCACGCUCGCCAGGGGGAGGAACUACUACAUCUGCAACUUCACCGGCCACUGCCAGUCCGGGAUGAAGAUAGCGAUCGUCGCCGCUUGACUCACGACGGCACGGCGAUAGUUAGAUGAGCAGCAGUUAUGGGGCACUGAACACAAAAUGCUCGACUUAGAUCAUGAAAUAAAUGUCAGUUGCCUGUAAUACUUACUAUGUUCGAUCCCUUUUGUUCUCCGAUCUAAUCUUUCCCUUUGAAUGGGGACUUUAUUA